UCUUCUUCUUUUGUCUCUCUCUCUCUAUCUCUCUUCCACAUUGGUUCUUGAGGGCUACAUCUAUUAAAACCAUUAAAAAAAGAAAGGUUAAUCUAAUAAAAAUGGGAUUAUAUUCACUAAUCACAGGAAGAAGAGGACCAAGUGGAUUUGGUUCAGCUUCAACAGCUGAAGAGGUUACUCUAGGGAUUGAUGCAACUAAUCUCACUGCAAUCAUCACAGGAGGGACAGGAGGAAUAGGUAUGGAGACAGCGAGAGUGCUGUCGAAGAGAGGUGUUCAUGUGGUGAUCGGUGCCCGAAACAUGGGAGCUGCAGAAAACGCCAAAACUGAGAUUCUCAAACAAAACGCAAACGCACGUGUCACUCUUCUUCACUUAGAUCUCUCUUCCUUCAAAUCCAUCAAAGCCUUUGUUCGUGAAUUUCAUGCCCUCCAUCUUCCUCUCAAUCUCCUCAUAAACAAUGCAGGAGUAAUGUUCUGUCCAUACCAACUCUCUGAAGAUGGAAUCGAAUUGCAGUUUGCUACAAAUCACAUUGGUCAUUUUCUGUUGACAAACUUGCUCUUGGACACAAUGAAGAACACAUCUAAAAGCAGUGGUGUUGAAGGAAGGAUUUUGAAUGUAUCAUCUGUGGCUCAUAUCUAUACUUACCAAGAAGGAAUCCAAUUCGACAGCAUCAAUGACAUUUGCAGUUACUCGGAUAAACGAGCUUACGGACAAUCGAAACUAGCCAAUAUAUUGCAUGCUAAUGAGCUCUCCCGUCAACUUCAGGAAGAAGGAGUAAACAUAACAGCAAAUUCAGUUCACCCUGGUCUCAUUCUCACCAAUCUCUUCCAACACACUGCUCUUUUAAUGAGGUUCUUGAAGUUUUUCAGCUUCUACUUGUGGAAAAAUAUACCUCAGGGAGCAGCUACAACAUGUUAUGUUGCUCUGCAUCCAAGUGUGAAGGGCGUAACAGGAAAGUACUUUGCUGAUUGCAACGAAGUCACUCCAAGCAAACUUGCUAGAGAUGAAACUUUGGCGCAGAAACUCUGGGAUUUCAGUGUUAAGCUCAUUAACUCGGUUUCUAAAAAGAACUACCUCGGUUUCGGUGACACCACUUAAAUCUCUAAGGUGUUCUUGUUGUUUGUUACCUACCUAAGAGUGAAAACAAAAGUAAUGUCAGAAGAAGUAGAGAGUGUGAUGUUUCUUUCCACCUUAUCAUAUGGUAACUAGAGGCAUUGUUAUAUGCUUAAAUAUUUUAUCGAGUGAAUAUGUAACCGCGUCAAUCAUUUCAUAGUAUGGACAAUACAAAAAAAAAAAAAAAAAAGUGUUGUCCAUCACUUGAUUUUUCCAUAGAUAAUCAGUGUCUCUAACCUAAGAGCUAAAAACAAGAAAGAGAAGAGUAAAUUUGUUUGUGUGUGUUUAAGUAACCGAUAUCGGAAAUGUUUGUUGGCAA